UCUCUCUCUAUAUCUCUAGCAGAGUUCAAAAACAAAAGAAAGAAAGCAAAACUUUUUCUUUAGUUAUUACAAACUGAAAGACUUGAAACAUUUGAAUAAACUCACGUAAAGUAAAGUCUUUCUCUUCUUACUCUGUUGUACUUGUUGUCGGAAUUUUGAUAAAAUGGCGUCUCAAAGACACUUCUUAAAGGAUCUUCUUGAAGAAGAUCAAGAACCGUUUCAACUUCAGAGUUACAUCUCCGACCGACGUUGCCAAAUCAAUGCUCCAGUAACGCAUCUACAGGUCAAGAAACGCAGAGCCAUCUCUCAAAACACUGGACUUCCUUCGCGUUUCUGUCGCAACGCUUGUUUCUUCUCCCUACGUGAAUCGCCUGACCCCAAGAAGUCUCCACUCUUCGAACCCAAGUCGAGCCAAAACGCAGUUUUCGUCAACAUACCGGCUAGAACCGCGUCUAUUCUGCUAGAAGCUGCGGUUAGGAUACAGAAACAUUCAACGUCCGAGGGGACAAAAACAAGAACACGUAACGCAGGAAACGCGUUUGGAAUAUUUGGUUCGGUGUUGAAGAAGCUAACGCACCGUAAGAAACGCGAGAUCAGCGGUUGUAAUGACGGUGAACGAGUUUCUUCGGUGAAAGAUAUGUUGAGAUGGGAAUCUCCUGUUGUUCGUAAAAUAGUCACAAGAAAGUCUAAACGCAAAGAAGAAGAAACGCAGAACCACGCGUCUGAGUCGCAGUUCUCACGGAGGUCAAGCAGUAGUUGUGUUUGGUCAGAGAGUGUAACCAACGGUGACUGCGAUUUCGAAACGUCUAUUAGCUACAGCAGCGGAUCGGACGGUUUAGAUGAGUUUGAGAGUGGGUUAAUGAACGGUGCAGAUUUCUCAGGGGAUAAACGCUUUUGUGAAAGCCCGUUUCAUUUUGUUCUACAGACAAUGCCUUCCCCCAGCGGUUUCAGAACGCCGAAUUUCUCGUCGCCUGCGGCUUCUCCACGCCACGAUUGUCAAGAGAUGGAGAAAGAAAGAAAUGAAGUAGAGAAUGUAAAGAAACUAGAAAUGGUAGAGGAGGAAGAAGAUAAGGAACAAAGCAGUCCAGUUUCAGUUUUGGACCCUCCGUUUCAGGACGAUGACGAAGACAUUCACAUGGAUGACAAUAACAUCACUUCAAGCUUCAGAUCUGUACAAAAAGCAAAGCAUCUGCUUCUACAGAAGCUUUGUAGAUUUGAGCAACUCGCGGGUUUGGAUCCCUUGGAACUCGAAAAAAUAAUGUCAGACCAAGAGACCGAGGAAGAUGAAGAGAUGAAAAAUCAUUAUCAGUGUGAGAUUAUAACUCAGAGAGUUGUUAAAACCUACUUUGAAGACAUGAGAGAAGUUCCCGAAGGCAUAGAAGCAUUGAUCUCAGACCUUGUGGACGAGGAAUUACAUAAGGAAAGCUUUUCGCAAGACGGUGAAGCUCAAGUAGCUAAAAGGGUAUGCGAGAGAUUGAGAUCUUGGAGAGAUGUGGAGUCUAACACUAUCGAUAUGAUGGUCGAACAUGAUUUCAGAACAGAGAGUUUGGGGUCAUGGAGAUCAAAUAACGACGUAGAAAUCGCAGAGGCUGCUUUGGAUAUCGAGUUUGAGAUUUUUGAGGAGUUGGUUGAAGAACUAUCACAAGGCAUUGGCGGAGAACGGUGAUAGGUUUUCUAUAUUCGGAUAGCUUCCGUCACAAGUAAUGACAACUAACGAUGAGUAUUUAAAAAUGGAUGUAUGUAAAAGUUUUGCUUGAUGUAGUGUAUUAAAAUUUAUGUAAUUCCUUAUCAGAACUUAGAGUAUUAAAUAUACUUAUGGUCGAAGGUGGUUUGUGGUUGACAAAUUGAAGAAAAUUCGG